AUGGUAUCCUUUGACGUCGUCUCUCUAUUCACCUCCAUCCCAAAAGAAUUGGUCAUGAAAGUCAUCAAUGACCUACUGGAGAGAAAGUACGACGAAGAGGGGAAACCGUUUAAGCGUAAGCACGUGAUGGAACUAUUGGACUACUGCCUACGCACGUACUUCACUUUUAGUGGUCAAAUUUACGAGCAAAUCCAGGGAACCCCAACGGGGUCUCCGAUUUCCGGCUAUCUGGCUAAGGCGGUCAUGCAGGAACUGGAAGCUCGAGUCUUUCAGUCAUACAAGCCGAAGUUCUGGAUGCGCUACGUGGACGACACCUUUGUCAUCUUACACCGGGACGCGAAAGACAACUUUAAAAGGCGACUGAACUCGGUCUUCCCACAAAUUCAAUUAACCAUGGAGGAAGAAAAAGACGGAGUGCUUCCUUUCCUCGACGUUCAGGUAACGAGGCAAGAAGACGGAACGCUCCAGACUGGUGUCUUUCGAAAAGCGACAAACACGGAGAUAAUUCUCCACUACAACAGUAACCAUCCCCUGUCGCAUAAACGCAGCUGCGUCCGGACGCUUUUUCGCCGCAUCAACACACACUGCAGCACAGAAGCCGAGAAGCUGCGGGAGCGUGAAACUUUAUGGCACCUCUUCCUGGCCAAUGGAUAUCCGCGCAGUUUCGUAAACAAAUGA